GUGGCAUCCGCCCGGGGUCCUUCGUGCUGCUGAAGUACGCGGGGGACACGACGUGGCGCGCGAGGCUGUUGAUACGGGAGGUGGACUCGGAGACGAAGUGGUGGUUCAUCCUAACCCCGGACGAAGACUUGUACGUCGAGCGCCUGGAGGCGGACCUCGAUGGGCUGGUGUCCGAGACGGAGCCUUUGGUGGACAGCGAGCGCGGGCUGCUGGGCUUGCCGCCGCUGCCGCCCCCGCCGACGGGGGCACUGGCGGCGCCCGCAGGUGGCACCGCCACGCCUCUGCUCGACCUGGGGGCCCCGCCAGGGCCCAGGCUUUCGACGCCGCCCGGCGCCGUUUGGGUCUUCGCGGAGUCCGCCUACGGCCGCGAGAAGGGUGGACGUGCCGCUCUCAACGACACGGCCGUGGCCCCGGGUGACAGAGGGGCGCUGGAGCUGGAGCCAGGUGCCUCGAUCGCCAUCGCGCGCGUCGAGAUCGGCCGUGAGGAGGAGUUCAGAAAGGAACACACGACGAAGGAGAUGAGCAUGAUCGACACCGAGACGGACGCUAGGGUCGCGCGGGCGAAGUACGCUGGAGGCUCGGGCAAACGGCACCGAGACUGGAAGGAGGUCCAGGACGGCAUCUCAGAGGUGCCGCUGGUCGACCUGCCGAUCGACGGGCCUCGGACGAGCAGCUGGUGCGCGGCGUUCCUCGGACGUGGUGCGCACGGCGGCACCCCCCUAGACCACCACAGGUGGUGGCGUCACGCUGCAAAGCUGAACGCCGGCGACUGGGGGGUCGCAGAGCACGAGUCGGUCAUGAAAGCGCUGACCCACGCAGGGUCGCAUGACCAGCUCGACCUCGCCAACCUCGCCUGCAUCGAACACCUGCGCAGGCGCGCCCAGCUCAUCGAGUACUAUUACCGCGAGAAGAUCAGGGGCGCGGACCGCAACGCCCUCGGCAAGAACGCGCUGCCCUUCGACGAGCAGGGGAUGUUCAUGGGCGAGGAGCACGUGUCCAGGGAGCUGGAGAGGGGGGCCGCCAUCGCGAAGCAGGCGCGCAAGGCCCGCGAGGAGCGGGAGCUGGCGCGCCCCAAGAAGCAAUGGGGCGCCACCCUCAUCUCCAGCGAGCUCGUGGCCAACAGGGUGAUUGACAUGGGUGAGCCGCCGAAGGGCCUCUCUUCUUCCGCCGCCUUCAACGAGGUGGUGAAGUCCGCCGACUACCACGGUGAGCGCGUGGACGUUGCUGCUAUCGAUCUUUGCCUCCUGUCUCUUCCUCCGGAGGGUCAUCGGCCUGUCCCACUGGCUGAACUCUUGGGGAAUGGGGGCGCGCUGGAGAUCGAGCGUUUUUGUAAGGAGCUUGUCUGGCCAAGUGAAGUUGCGGCCGAGAUCAAGGCUUCGCUUAACUUGAGGCGGCCCCACAUGGACCGCGGGCUCGCGCACCGACCGCGCCUCUACGCCAACCUCGCGGAGGCUUUGUUCAAGCGCGGGCUCAUCGACUUUCGCACAGACGUGCGUUGUGAGUGUGGAGGUUUUGGAGUAUGGAAGAAGUCGGGGAAGCAGUGGAUGGUGAUUGACGCCCGCCUCUCGAACGCCCACCUCGGACACUCGAAGGAGACGCCUCUGCCCACGGGGGCCGCCUCCUCGGAGAUCGACCUCGAGGGCGAGGCCGAGGCGUGGUUCGCCGCGUUGGACCUGAAGGAUGCCUUCUACUACAUCGAGCUCCCCCUGCAGCUGCGCUGCUACUUGGGCCUGCCGAAGGUGUCCGUGAAGAAGCUCAACCUUCCGACGGACGUGCUCAGCCUGGCCGUGGACGGGUUCCUCCAGCCGAGGUUCGCCGCGAUGCCGAUGGGGUGGACGCACGCGCCCUACUGGGCGCAGCUCGCCCACUGUCGCAUCCUGACGCGGGCCUUCCCGGACUGGGAGGUGGAGGGCUUCUUGACCGACAACAGGGUGCUGCCGUCGAUAGAGAAGGGGGUCAUCGGCCUGCACGUCGACAACUGUGUGGCGGUGGGCCACUCUGCCGAGGCCGCCAACCUGCUGGUGGCCCGGGCAGCAGGUGCCUUCCGCGCGGCAGGGCUGCAGCCUCACGAGGAGGUCGCCGCUACCCAGGAGCUGGAGUUGCUCGGCUGGCAGCUGCGUGGAGGCAAGCAGGCUGGCGCUCAGGCCACAGACCGCCGCCGCCGGCGCCUGCGGCUGGCGCUGGAGCACGCCCUGACGCGAAACAAGCUCUCGUGCCAUGAGCUUCGGCAGCUCGUAGGCCAUUUUACUUUUUGUGCGCUGGUGCAGCGGCCGACCAUCUCUUGCAUGAAUGCCGUCUAUUCCUUUUCUCAGAAGUUCCCAACUGAGUUCCACAAAGUGCGGCCGUCGGUGCGCCGGGAGCUGCGAUGGGCACGGGAUCUUCUGGCACUGCAGGUCAGGCCCUGGCGCCGCGAAUGGUCGAGCUGCGUCGCUUGCACCGACGCCUCCGAGCUAGAUGCCUCGCCGCCAGAGCAGGAGAAAUGCGAAGCGCUCCCUCCGUUGCAGGGCGCGGAGCCCCCGCCUUCGCCCCCUCGUUCCCCGACCUCACCUACGACCCCCACGGGCUCCAAGCUGGACCUCCCGGAGAUCCCUGAGUUCCCCGAGCUAUUCGCCGAGAGCGACAUGCAGGGGCCCGAGGGCCAGUCGAAGCGGACGCACCGCCACGGCUGGCCUACGCUGACCGCCGCGACGAUGGCGAGGGCGGCCUUCCUGAAAGAGUCGAGGGGGCUGGACAGGAAGUGGUCGCGCGUUGGUGCUCUGCCUGGGCGGACGACUGCGGGCCUCGGCCGCGGCUCCGACCAGGGGGGCCCGCGCGCUUGGCGGCCCGCCAGGAGAAGCACAGCGUCCGCGCCCGUGUGCGGGGACCAGCUGCCCCGAGCUACGAGCGCCUUGAAGGGCGCCAGGCGGGGCGCGGGGCGAAGGCGCCCCAUCGCGAGGAUGGGCCGCGCAGCCGCGCUGCGCCUGGCGGCCCGCGGAGGCGAGAGAGGGGCCCACAGGGCGGUCCUGGAGAUGCACGCCGCGGCGCCCAACUCCAGGCUUCAGUACUCCAAGAUGUGGGGGGGCCUCCAGGACUGGGCGGAGUACCACAUGCUGCCGCUCAGCCCGCCCAGCGCCCUCGACGCGACGCUAGCCGAGUACCUGGAGCACCUGUACUUCGAGGGCCGCGACGCGGGGAUGGGGACGAAGGUGAUCGCUGCGGCGGGCUUCUUCGCGCCGGAGGUCUCGCGCCACGGGCCAGCCAGGCUGCCGCGCGCGCGGCUGGCGGCGCAGGGGCGGCUAAGGCUGUCGCCUCUCCGGGCCAGGCUGCCCAUCCCAGUGGAGGUGGCGACCGCCAUCGCGGUCGCCAUGUGUGCCCGCGGGGAGCGGAGAGCCGCUGCAGGGGCGCUGCUGGCGACCACCUGCUACCUGCGGCCCGGGGAGCUGGCCGCCGCGAGGCUUGCGGACCUGCUCCCGCCGGGGGCUUUCGCGGGCGAGGGCCGCGUCCACCGGGUGCUCCAGCUGAACAGGUUCGAGGAGGGGGAGCCGUCCAAGACGGGGCGCUUCGACGGCUCGAUCGCGCUCGACGACCCGAGGCACGCCGCGCUGCACAGGUUCCUCGCCCAGCUCAAGCGGACAGCACACCCAGACGAGCCACCCAUCCGGAUGGGGCAGCUCCACUGCGCAAAGCUGUUCGGCGAGGUGGUUAACGAGCUGCGCCUGAACAUCCUCGGGCCGCCUGCGCCGCACCAGUUGCGGCGCGCCGGCGCGUCGGGCGACCGGGCGAGCGGCCAGAGGAUGCUGGUGGAAAUCAAGAAGAGAGGAAGGUGGCUCUCGGACUCGUCCGUGAGACGGUACGAGAAAGGAGGGCGACUUCGAGAGCAGCUGCUUCGCCUCCCCGCGGGCCUACAGGCCCACUGCCGCGCCUGCCACCUCAUGUGCGGCGAGAUCCUCCUCGGGCGCUCCAGGCCCUUGCCAGUGCUGCAGCUGUUCCGCUGCGCCCGCGACCGCCAGCUGUCUUUCUCGAGAUCUUCUCGGGGGGCGGGCACCUUGCGCGUGCCCUUGGACGUCGAGGGCGGCUGCGUCUAG